AUGGCUGGGUUCCUCCUUGUCGCCGUCGUCAGGAAGAGAUCACGGCAAACCCAGGUGCAGGAGCCCCUCAUGGAGCCCCCAGGCAAGCAGCCCUCACAAGAGCCCCCCGGGGACGAGUCCCCGCCUGAGGACUCGGGCCUCCAGACAGCACCCAGCACGCACAUUCUCUAUGUGGGCCACCUGAACCCCCAGUUCUCGGUGCCUGUGCUCACCUGCCUGCUCCGGGACGCCCUGGAGCGGCUGGAGCUGCCGGUGGCCCGCGAGCACAUCGAGGUGGUGAGGCGCCCACGGAAGGCCUGUGCGCUGGUGCAGGUGGCCGCCCACGAGGCCACGCUGGCCUCCCUCCCCUGGCGCCUGCAGACAGCCCUGGAGGAGCACCAGAUCCCCGAGGAGCUGGUGGCCCGUGGCAAGGAGCUGGUGCUGGCCGAGGGCCCGGGGCCCUGGAGCCGCAAGGCGCCCUCGCCCCAGCAGGAGAAGGACAGCCGCCCGAGCCCCCGCCCCAACCCCAGACCCACCCACGGCACCCCAGGGCGGGCCCUGCAGAGGUCCCGGGGCCAGCCGGGUGGCACGCGCUCCGACAGCGCCAUCGUGCACCAGGAGAUAACGGGCCAGGAGCGCCUCUUCCAGGGCACCUUCCUGGGCAACGAGACGCGCAGCGUGGAGUUCAAGCGCGGCGGCGGCGAGUACCUGAGCCUGGCCUUCAAGCACCACCUGCGGCGCUACGUGUGCGCCUUCCUCAACAGCGAGGGCGGCAGCCUGUUCGUGGGCGUCGAGGACAGCGGCCUGGUGCAGGGCGUGCGCUGCAGCCACCACGACGAGGACCGCGUGCGCCUGCUCGUGGACUCCAUCCUGCAGGGCUUCCAGCCCCAGGUCUUCCCCGACGCCUACACGCUCUCCUUCAUCCCGGUGGUCAGCACCUCCGCCUCCGACAGGCCGCUCAAGGUGAUCCGCCUGAGCGUGCACGCCCCAAGGGCCCAGGCCGAGCCGCAGCUCUACGAGACCGACCAGGGGGAGGUGUUCCUGCGGCGGGACGGGAGCAUCCAGGGCCCGCUGUCCGGCCACGCCAUCCAGGAGUGGUGCAGGCAGAAGUGGGCGGCCGAGCUGAGCAAGCUGGAGCAGAGGCUCAAGGUGCUGAUGGCGGAGAAGGAGCAACUGAGGCAGCAGCUGCAGCAGCCCACACCCGUCUCCUGCACCUGCUGCGUCCUGUGA